UAAAUCAUAAUAAAAUUCUAGAAAAGAGAGAUAGGAGGAUUACAGGAAUUAUAUUUUCCAAAUCUUCUUCUGGGUUUGGUGGGUAGAGAGAGAGAGAGUGGGAAAAGUCUUCUUGAGGGAGACAACAGGCUUUAGGUUUCUGCUUCUUCUGCUGCUGCUACUGAGCGAGAACCAUCUGUAACGGGUUUUAAGAGGUAGAUUUAUGUCGGCAAAGUCUGAAUCGGCUGCGACUGGGGCUCCGUUGAACCUCUGUAUCUUAUUCUCUUUGACGUUCUUCUCAAUCUGCUUCCUUAGACUGUCUUCAUCAGCAUCAGCUUCCAUGGUUUUGAAACCUAACAGGAAUUGUUUUGGGGCAUUUCAUAUCGGUCGAUUCAUCAACAUGUUCUUGUUUUUGAGAGGGCCUCUUACCUGAUAAAUAAUCGUAUUCCUGGAGGCUUUUAAGUUUUCUUUAAUUUUAAGUUGUCCAAAAACAGAGAGAGAGAGUGUAUUCAUCGAGGCUCUGGAGAUUUUGUAGAGUUAAAAUAAUGCCAGGGCCUCGAUUACAGCCGCAAAUUAAUCAGUCUAAAAGAAUGAAGAAGAAUCGAUCAUUUCCAGCUGAAGUAGAAGAAGAAGUAGGCAUCAGAAAAAUCCGAGUCAUUUGCUCCGACCCAGACUUGACAGACACCUCCGAUGACGAAACCACCGAUAACAGAUUCGGUCCAAAACGUGUGGUUUGUGUGAUUAAUCUUCCAAUUACGAAAGACCCAGAAACGGAAAGUUCCUCUUCCUGCCAAGAAGAAAGCAACAACAGAAAGAAAACCCCAAAAAAGGAUGCGGUGGUGGUAGGUUUAGGUAAAACUAAAACCCGGAUCUCAAAAUUUAGAGGCGUCCGACAGAGAAAAUGGGGGAAAUGGGCUGCUGAGAUUAGAAACCCCUUCCAGAACAGAAGAGUCUGGUUGGGUACUUACAAUACUGCUGAAGAAGCUUCUCAAGCUUAUAAUCAGAAGAAGCUAGAGUUUGAAGCUGCCGCCAUGGCUACUGCUGCUGUUGCUGAUGAUAAGAGCUCUUCAAAUAAUUCCGAGGUGUCUGAGAGUUUAGUUUCCUCCACAACAUCUCCGCAAGACAUGAAUGGAAAAUGCAACACAGCAGAAGCAGAAACAGCAGCAGCAACAUCUGCCAUUGACGAGAUGGCAGAAAUCGAUGCAGGAUUGAAUCUGGGGUUUGAUCUGGACAUGGACAAUCUGUUUGUGGAUGAAUUUGAGAUGUUUGAGGAUGAUGAUGAUGAGUUUGGUGGACUUGAUGAUAUUGAUCUUGUUGGGUUUGGAGCUGAUGAGUCGGGCAUUGAUCUUCUUCCUGAUUUUGACGAUAUGGCGCUGGAUAAAGAAGAAAUUUCAUGGAUUGAAGAAUCCUUAAACAUAGCAUGCCAAUAAAGUUUUGCAGCAGCAGCAGCACCAACAUCUUCUUCUUUGAUUGAAGAAUCUUUAUAAAAAGAUAGUAUUAAUUAUUAUUAUUAUGGCUAUAAGUUUUGCAGUAAUAGAAAAUCUAUAUAUAUAUAUAUAUUAUAUAUAGAUGAAGUUUUGUGAUAAUAAAUUAUAAACUAAGUUUUGUAGGCUGAGUGUGUUUUGAUUGUUUGCUUGUUUAAGAGAGAUCUGAGCUUUUUUGGGUUUAUGUUUCUUUUAUUAUCUGCAAUGAAGUUGUUGUUUCAAUACAGUAUUGAGAUAUUUGGUGGGUUAUAAUUUUGAUGUUAUUAUAUUGUAU